AUGACUCUCCGUGAAAAAUUGGAAAGAUCUCGUCCCGGUAAAAGUAAAGAGCAGAAAACCAAAAAAAAGAAGGGUCGCAAAAUCAUGAGUCCUGAUGACGUCAUCAAGAAUGGACCAUUCAGUUGGAAGGUUGUCACUCUUCUGGGAAGUGGUGGAUUUGGUGACGUUUAUAAAGUGUUUGAUGAAAGGAAUAAGGCAAAGCAAUACGCGUUGAAAACCGAAAGUGAGGACGGCAAAAAAGUGAUGCUUCGGUUGAAAGUCGAAGUUCGAGUUAUGAUGGCGAUUUUGGAAGCGAGGAAGACAAAUCCACAGGGGUAUAAACAUUUCGUGGAGUUUGUGGAUCGUGGGAAAAGUGAAGAUUUGGGAUGCAAAUUUGUGGUGAUGAGUCUCGUCGGACCGUCGUUGGAUGAUUGUCGGAGGAAGUAUGGAGUGUGUCUGAAUGAUCGAAGUACACCCUAUAUCAUUGCGAUACAGAGUUUGGAGGCUGUCCGUGAUCUUCACGCCCUUGGCUACCUCCACCGUGACAUCAAACCAGCUAACUUCGCCGUUGGUCUCGGCCCCACAGAACCCACAGUCUUCAUGCUAGACUUUGGGAUCUGUCGAACGAAAGAAGCCUAUCGAGGAGUGCCACGUAACAUGAAAACAAUUGUCUCCUAUGUGGACACAUUAAGUUUUCAAUCCGCACCAGAUUAUCCGUUCAUGAUCAACUUCCUUUUCACAAUGUCUAGUCAGGCUGGCUUCCCGAUCAACAAUAUCAAUACUGGAGCUUGGGUUGGGAAUCUGAAAAAUAAAAAAGACUCGGGACGGAAUGGAACGAGGUCGGAUAAGCUGUCAGGCUCGUCGGAUGGGGAUUGA